AUGAGUAGCAUUAUCGUCACUGGUUUAUCACUGGUGACCAUCGAUAAUGUGCUUGGUGGCCAAGUCAACUACUCUACCAGUCACUCCUUUAGAUGCCUAGACAAAGAAGCUUGUAACACCCAUUCGUCAUCUUGGGGCAUCAAACUCGAGACUUCCUCCAUGAAUAUCGGCUCGCAGACACCGGUGAGCCUAGCGGCUCUGAACACGGUCGCGGCGGCCUACUACAACGCCAGUGCGGCCACGGGGGUCAACGGCUCAAGCCCUCCGUCCCGGUUCACCAUCGAGAACAUUCUGGCCCCUAGACCGUACCCGAUUCACCCCAGCACCAGACACAGUCCGUACUACCCACUCAACACUCAUCCACAUUUCCCGGUGUUACCCCCAGAGUAUUACUUAGCCUAUGCACCGUUCCCAGGUUACUCCCAUCUUGAUCUGAUGGCUCGUAACCAGAAGAGGAAACGAAGACACCGAACCAUCUUCACGGAGGAGCAGCUAGAGCAACUCGAAGCCACAUUUGAGAAGACUCAUUACCCCGAUGUGAUGCUCAGGGAAGAACUUGCCAUGAAAGUCGACCUCAAGGAGGAGAGGGUUGAGGUUUGGUUUAAGAACAGAAGAGCCAAGUGGCGAAAACAGAAACGCGAACAACAAGAGGUAGCCAAGCGAGCCGCAUCGUCCGCAGCAGCCAAGCUCUCCCCGAUGCAGAUUUUGGAGACGAGUAGCCCCUUGAACGAUGAUGACCAAGACGAUGGAUCGGACAGGGGCACGGACGACCUGUCCGAUGAUCCUGACAAUAACAACGGUAUCUCAGACACACAUACUCGGAAGCCGGUAGCGGUGCACCGAAAUAGUAUAGGAGCCCUGUCCGCACUGGAAGGCCGAGGGUCGGAGGACAUGUACGCCCUGCCACACAGCACAACUCCCGGUCACUAG